GUCAGAGCAUUUAUUGGGAAAUAAAAACAUUUAUAUCUUUGUAUGUGUGUUAGGGGGGAAAUCGGACCUCGGAAAUAAUAAUGAAAUUGAGUCCAAUGGGUAAAUAAACUUUUAGAGCGAAAAUAUAGGUAUCAGUAGGGGGCGACUUCAUAUCAGUUGGUGAAACUAGUAGCUCGAAAGCUGGCCCUUUAGGUACCAAGUAUUUUUCUAGUUUAUGUUCAGUAUCCAAUGCGCAUGUUCUCAAACAUGGCCGCCUCAAUGAUCUGACUUCAUGCGCCAUUGAGCAGCAGGAAUAAAUGAAGUGACAACUCGUUCGCUCCCCACUCAAUGCGAGCGAAGACUCGAGAUGGCCGGUGAAGUUAAACUGAAGGAGGAUGACUUGCUCAUAAAUGCUGUUUCAGACUUUGUCAGUGUUGGAAGAAGUAUAUUAAAAGAAGCUGAGAAUGAAUGCUGCAAAGGACUCUCGCAAGAAAAGGUCGCAGAGACAAUUACAUCCUUGUUUAGUUUGGCUGCAGUGGGUGCAAGCUUUUUUACCAGCUUGUCAGUGAAGAAUAGGAGUGAAGCUGAGGAGCUGUGGAAGACUGCCUAUCGCCAUGCUGAAGUACGGGAUUCGACUGAAGACUUAUUGCAGCUCGAGGUGGACUGGGACUCCUUCCUCCAGCGCCAGGAUGUAGAGCAGCAGAUGACUCACAGGCUGCUGGGACAGGACUCGAGGGCUGGAAGUCUGACAGGGGAGAUGGCUUUCACUGAUGCUAGGACUGGGGGGACUGUAAAUCUGGCCCAGUACUUGGGAAAAGGCGAGAGCCUGCUCCUAGUUUUGCUCAGACACUUGGCCUGACUACCGUGACGAGACCACCUGACUGAGCUGGAGACCAAUCAGGGUCUUCUGGAUGCUCAGUCAGUGCGGGUGCUGGUGGUCUCAUUUGACUGUAAGGAGGGGGCUCAGUACUGGCUGCAGGAAACAGGCUGCAAAUAUGACAUGCUGCUGGACCCUCAGAGGAAGGUGUACACUGCAUUUGGGCUUGGCAGGUCUUACGCCAAGGUGUUCAAAUUCGACAACAUGCUUAAGUAUGGAGAGUACUUCACAUUGAGCCGUCAGUUUCCUGAAAUGAAGAGUAUUUAUAUCAGUGACUUCUAUCAGUUGGGUGGUGACUUUGUCCUGGAUGAGGGUGGGAGAGUUAUCUAUUCCCACCCCAGCCAGGGUCCACUGGACAGGCCUGAGGUAGCAGAGAUACUGGCAGGCAUUGCCGAAGGACGCUGCCCCUCAGACCCUUAACCGGAAGUUUCCACAGUGGGGCACUGACCGCUCACUGGAAGAGCCUUCCCCCGGCUUGUGACUAUGAAGACAGGGCUCUCAGUCGCAUCCUUGUGAAGAGCCUUGUCCGAACGCAACCCACAAAUCGAGGGCAAUGACUCUUCCUGUCCUGUGAUCAGUCCUCCUUUGCGUUCACACUUUUCCCAGCUUUACCCUUUGCCUUAAUAUUCUAAACACUGGGAUUUUGCAAAGAAUCAAAGUAAUUCAAAGGUCUUGAAGUGUGGUGUUUAUUUGUUCUUUUAUUCAAUCAGUAGAAAAAUCAGUGAUGUCAUCAGACAAAUCAGGUUUUGCAGCAUUUUACUGCAGGUGAACAAACUAGCUUGUGAUCAUUAAAUGUGCAUAAUGUUUUUCCUGUAGUAACACUACUUUAAAAUUGGCUUGAAAGAUUUUGCACAUUUAUACUGUGAUCAUAAUACAAUAUGCAGAAAGUCCACAGCUUAUUUGCAAUUGUACUGUUUACAAAACAUAAGAAAAAUAAUUGGAUUUUUGUGAAGAAAGGAUAUUCAUGAAUAAAUUGGCUCUGGCUGUUAGAUUAUUA